AUGCUGAAACUAACAUUGAAAACCAGGAGGAGUGGCCAUCAUGCUUCCGAGGCGUCGUCUAUCGAUACUUCUUUCGCGAGUUCCGAUGACUUGAUGCUUGCAAGGCCGGAGAGCUUCAACGUGAAGAACCACUUUAGUCCAAAGGAACUGGAAUGUAUUGAACAGCUAAGCGCCGCCUGCUUUAGUGAAAAUCGACAUGUUUCAAACGAAUUGAUUAUUCGUUACGCUGUGUACCACAACUUUAACUAUGGCAAGGCCAAGGACGCCAUCGACAAGGGAUACACCUACAGCUACCUGUACCUGGAAUUGGAAGGCGAACUGUUGCGAUACGUUAUGAAUUCCAUGGUAUGUUUCCCUCUCUCAGGACUGAAGAGUCGAAAGACAGGAUCAGAAGUCUUCUAUUUCCACCCAUCCCGAUACAUACCGACAUCCAGAAACAAUCACCUCCUGCUGGACAACAUGUGCUAUGUAUUGAAUGAUAUGAGCAGGACUAUCGAUCAAUGCCGAAACGGGGUUGUGAUGAUAGUGAAUAUGGAAGGCUACUCCAUGAAGAACUUUCAUAACGAUACUCAGAUGAAGAUGACCCGAAUCACAGAAGGUCACGUGGUCCCCACUCGUAUUGUCGAUAUUCUCAUUGUUAAUCCCCCCAAGUUUUUCAAACGACUUUGGAAGGUGGUCAAGCCUGCGUUCUCCAAGACCUACAAGAAGCGAAUCCACAUUAUCAGCAAUGACAAGCUUGGAAACUAUCUGAUGGAUGGCUUCGAAGAAUAUCUUCCGGACGAAUUCAUGGGAUGGAGGAGUACCCAAGAGAUGGCGAUUGAUUACUGCGAUUUGAAGCAAUACGAGGAGCGGCAACAGAGCCCCUUGUCAUCCUCAUCAUCAUAG